GGACACUUCUCUUAUUUCAGAGGAAAAUAUUCAGAAAGGCUUGAACUCAUCUGCCCAUGACCAAACACUAUUGGCUACUGAUCAAUUGGAUACAUCUGUGGAGGACCCUAGCUAUUCGAGCACUCCUCUUAAAGAAUACCCCACAUCCACAUCAACUUGCUCUCGUGUCAUCCCCACCAACAUUGAAGCAUUAUUUCUUUCUCCAUCCAACUUAAACAUGAAUGCAAGUUCAAGUGACAAUGAUAAUGAAAGUUCAAGUGACAAUAACAGUGAUCAUGAAGAGACACACUCUGAUUCAGAAAAACAGAGCAGUGACAGUGGAUCAGAAGCUGAAGAAGAACAGCAUGAUUUGUCUCAAUAUUCUGAGUCAAAUAAUGUGUUAGAAAUAGGUGAAUUGGAUGAAUCUACAGAAAACAUCCGUUCAGCAGACAAUGCACUUUCUAAAGCUAUUCUUUUUUCUGAGCUCCAAUUGUAUCCUUCUCCUCUCUGUCAUCUCUCUGUUCUUGAGGGUAUUCUAGACAUUAUGAAUUUGUACUUAAAAAACAAGCUUUCUAAGAAUGGUUUGCAGCGGCUCAUUGAAACUACCUGCAAGUUUCUCCCUACAAACCAUAAUUUACUAACUUCCUCUUAUCAGAUUCUUACAUUUGUUCAGAGCUUAGCACCUCCAGUACCAGCUGUUAAACAUUUUUAUUGUAAAAGCUGUUUUCAUUAUCAUGGUGAAAGUAAUGUUGGUGAAUGUGCCAUCUGCAAAGUGUCAACCAAUUUUGGUCAUUUUUACAUUUUUGAUGUUGCUGCACUUUUAAUAUUUUUUUUGAACGUAGGAAUUUGGCAGAUCUUAUGGAUAAUGAAGCAAGAAAAAGAAGUAAUAGAGAUCCUAAGCUACUGACCGAUUUAAAAGAUGGUAGUGUGUAUCAAUCUUUAAAUAAAAAUAGAGCGAGGUA